CGUGUAUUUCCAUUGGUAGAGGGGUCACUCGACUAUCUUGUCAAUAUAAUAGAUAUUCUUUGGCAUUAGCAGCCAUGUCGCAAAGUGACAACCACUGUCGGAAAUACUAAACGUUUGGUGUUGAAAAAGUCGGAACAGAAUCUAUUGUGGUAAUGUUGGAGAGGAGUGAACGAGCUGGCUACAGAGACAGGAGAUAUAUUGUGAGUACGCCGACCAACACGCGGAAACCGGAUGAAUAUGGAUAUUAAUGCACAUCGCAGAUAUUAUUACAGUUUGUGAAAAAGGACCGCGGCGGCCAAUCUGAAAGGUCCGGUAUACGGAAGAGUUAAGAACCAAAAUCACAACUGUUUAUUUCACUAGCUAGCAGGCUAGCUGGCUAGUUCCAAUGCGGGUCUGGAGUGGGAAGCUCGUCCGAAAUUUACUCAGUAGGGAUUUAUAUCGUGCACGGAAUAAACAUCUUGUACUCGUUGUCGUUGGUUUUACAAAGUAAGUGAUCUCCCGUGGAGACCGUAGCGGCAACUUUAAAGAAGAAUGAUACAUACAAACUGAACACUAGGCGAUCCGCCGCUCAGAGUAAAAACGGAAGAAAGUCGUACAGGCUCCCCGGUCGAGGCUCCAGGUUCCACAGACGGGGACUCGCAGGCCUGUGUCAGAGUUCGGCAUGGGGUUACUGUGCCAGCCUUGCCCCUACCAGGCGCUCUAGAUGAUGGUUCCCCAGCGCAACAUGACAGAGAGGCAGUGAGGCUCGGCUAGCCCCCCCACCCCCACCCCCGACCCGACGAUACUCUCAACACUCCCUUGUUCUCCCCUAACCGCUGCCCUCCACAUCCCGUCCCACCAUGCUGCGUUUCCUGCCUCUGAAGCUGGGUCGUCUCUACCGUUGUCUGAAGCUUCUACUGGUGGUCGGUCUGUUUGUUAUCCUCCUGAUGAACACCCACAACCUGUUCGCCUCCUUCCAGAAGAACGAGCUGACCGACCGCCGCUUCAUCAACCUCAACAAGUGUCCCGCCUGCUUCGGCACCAGCUGGUGCAGGAAGUUCAUGAACGGCCAGGUGUCCUUCGAGACCUGGGGCCGCCUGCGCUUCCUGGAUGUCUUCAACGUCAAGAACGUGUAUUUCGCCCAGUACGGAGAGCCGCGGGAGGGGACGAGGCGCGUGGUGCUCAAACGCCUGGGAUCCAACCAGGAGCUGGCGGACAUCGACCAGAAGAUCUGUAAGAGAGCGACUGGCCGUCCGCGCUGCGACCUCAUCCAGGCCAUGUACAAGACGGAGUUCGCUAGGCUGAACGGUGACGUGAGGCUUCUGACCCCUGAGGUGGUAGAGGGCUGGUCUGACCUGGUGCACUGCCCCUCCCAGAGGCUGCUGGACAGGGUGGUGCGGCGCUAUGCCGAAACCAAAGACUCUGGCAGCUUCCUGCUGAAGAACCUGAAGGACACAGAGAGGAUGCAGCUACUGAUGACCCUGGCCUUCAACCCCGAGCCCCUCGUACUACAG